GUGCCUGUGUGUUACCGCGUGUGAGUGUGUGUCCUGUGCGUUUGUUUCCAUGCGGCAGCGUGUGCUUGUUUGGCUCUGUGUGUGUUUGCAUGUUGUCUGCAUGCACUGCCCAUGUGCACGUCUGCCUGUGUGUGUCCUGGGCAUUUGUGGGUCACUCCUGGGGUUUUAUAUCUUUGUGUGUUGGCACGGAGUGCCUGCGCCUCGGCGUGUAUGUGUGUAUGUGUGUGCAUGUGGGGUGCACGUGUCCCAUCCCCUCUCCCUGCAGCAGCUGGGACUGUUGCCGGGGUUGUUGGCCCCCCCCCCUCAGCUGACCCUUCUCUCCCUGUCCUGCUGGGGGACCCCAUGGAGGAGAGUGGGGGGGGGCCGGCCAGGGAGAGUGCCUCCCUGGGUCUGCCGCUGCCUCUGCCGGCGGGUGGCCAUGAACGGAGCUCAGAUUUCUGGCCCAGGCAGCCAAGGGCCUGAAGGGAAGCCUCUCCUUACCACCCCAAGGCUGGAUGAUGGGCACCUGCUCCUUCCCACAGACAGCACUUUCAGCCCUGCCCGGCUUUUUAGUUCCGGAGUCCUUGCUCCUGCCUCAGUGUUUCAUUCUGCCCUUCCUAGGGUGUGUGUUCUAGCGUCUGCCCGCCGCACUGGAAGGGAUCCUCCUUGGCAGUUCUUGAUUCACUUGCCGGGGCCCACCAUGGGAGGUAACCUGGGCUGCCACCGCUCCAUCCCUAAGGACCCCUCGGACCUUUCUCACAGCCGCAAGUUCAGUGCCGCCUGCAACUUCAGCAACAUCCUGGUGAACCAGGAACGGCUCAACAUUAACACGGCCACCGAGGAGGAGCUGAUGACGCUGCCUGGGGUCACCCGGCCAGUGGCCCACAGCAUUGUGGAGUACCGGGAGUACAUCGGCGGCUUCAAGAAGGUGGAGGACCUGGCGCUGGUGAGCGGUGUGGGGGCCACCAAGCUGGAGCAGGUCAAGUUCGAGAUCUGCGUGAGCAGCAAGGGCAGCUCGGCCCAGCAUUCUCCGAGCUCCCUGCGGCGUGACCCGUACUCAGAACCCCAGCAGUACCACUUGGCGACAGCGCCCCCCACUGCAAAGGUUAACAUCAACACAGCCACCCCAGCCCAGCUCAUGAGCUUGCGAGGGGUGUCAGAGAAGAUGGCCCUGAGCCUUGUGGACUACCGCCAGGAGCACGGGCCCUUCAAGAGCAUCGAGGACCUCAUCAGGUUGGAGGGCAUCAGCUCCACUGUCCUGGACAAGAUCCGGCCCCAGGUGUUCGCUGAGAGGUCCCGGCCCCCCUCCACACACACCAAUGGCGGCUUGAAUUUCACUGCCAAGCCCCACCCUAGCCCCACGUCCCUGAGCCUCCAAAGUGAGGACCUUGACUUCCCCCCUGGGGGCCCGACCCAGCUCAUCUCCACCCGUCCGUCCAUUGAGGCUUUUGGUGGAACCCGAGACGGCUGGCCAGUGUGGAGGCUGGCCACCUGGAACCUGCAGGGCUGUUCCAUUGAAAAGGCCAAUAACCCAGGUGUGAGGGAAGUGGUAUGCAUGACCCUGCUGGAGAACAGCAUCAAGCUCUUAGCUGUGCAAGAUCUGAUCGACAAGGAAGCCCUGGAGAAGUUCUGCACGGAGCUUAACCAGCCCACCCUGCCCAGCGUCCGGAAGUGGAAGGGCCCCCGGGGCUCGUGGAGGAGCGUCGUCUGUGCGAAACCCUCCAGCCAGCUCUCUCAGGGCGGGACUUACCUGGGAUUCCUCUGGGAUGCUGCUGCAGGGAUAGAGCUCAAGGACGCAGGCUUCCAGGAGGGCCCUCAGGCCAACAGCAAUGGGAAACAGUCAAACCCCAACCCCUAUCUUGCGCACUUUAAGAUUGGGGCAAAUGACCUCAUGUUGGUGAACCUGUGUCUGCCAGCCCCAGCCUGCCCCCUGGGGGGAGAGAAUCCUGGCAAGACCCCUAGCAACAGCCGCAGAGUAUCACCCUUUGCUCAGACCCUGCAGGACAUGUUAAAAGACGAGAAGCUGAGGCCCAGAGGGUCAGUGUUCCAGGGUAGCCCAGGUAGCCAAGCCAGGCGUGGUCCAGGGCCUCGGGCUCCAGCAGUCAAGGCCUCAUUGAGAGAAAAAGACUUUGUUAUUCUGGGAGAUUUUGGCCAAGCUCCAGAGAGCAGCAGCUGUGACAUCUUGAGGAAAGAGAAGUUCCAGCCCCUGGUCCCCGGCAACACCUUCACUGACAUCAGCACCAAGAAUCCUCAGGGCAUGAAGUCACUGGACAACAUUUGGAUCAGUAAAAGCCUAAAGAAAGUUUUCACAGGCCACUGGGCAGUGGUGAGAGAAGGCCUCACAAACCCCUGGAUCCCAGACAACUGGUCCUGGGGGGGUGUGGCAUCCAGCCACUGCCCCGUGCUGGCUGAAUUCUAUGCCGACAAGGACUGUAACAAGAAGGAGGGCGUCCCCCGCGGUGGCAGCGGCGUGUCCUUGGAGCAGAGCGAGGUCCACAGCAAACAUGAGCGAUGACAGCGCCAGGACAGCGGGGGCCGAGGAGAGGCUGAGCUCUCGGACUGCAGCCUCGUCUGCGAACCGCCCCCCCUUCCUCCCUCCUCCUCUGAGGCCUCCGGGAAUGUUCCGGAGUCUCAUCCCUGCACGUGAAGCUGUGAUUCUUUAUGGGCAACAGAACGGGCACGCAUUUAUCUGACCGGACGUUCCUGUCCAAAUGCAGAUGGAGAAGGGAAUCCCCUCAGCAGCCCACCGAAGCUGUUGUCCUGAGCCAGAGGUCUUGGGGGGCCCAGACAAGGGGCUCUGCCCAACGAUGCACUGGAACGGUCAAAGUGCUGCCUGCCGUGGGCAGGCUCUUCUCUGUGUUUCUCUCAGUUCAUCCUCCCUGCUCGGGCCUCCCUUUGCGAUCUCCCCUGCUUGGUCCUGGCUGAGACCGGGUUAACGAGGCGCUGUUCUCUACCCUUGAGCUCUGUUUCUGACCUUCACCGUUCAUCCUCCACUAAUCUUCAGCCUCUCUGCUCCUGAGAGCUAAACGAGCAGGACAGAGCUGGACAUCUCACUGACUGUGCCUGGCCCACAUUUGUGUUGCCACGUGGGGUGCCAGUGGUCUGACACCUGCCCUGGGGCUUUUGGCCUCCAGCCUCUGGGUGCUCUCAGCACACAGCUGACCUUGCCUUCUCCUCUGAGGAGAGAAUGGAGGUCCUGGGCACCGUCCUCCCUCGUUCUCUGCUCCCAGACACCCCGUCUCUCCUGCUCCUCCCUUUGCCUGGUCAGGAAGAGAGAGGCAACCCUUCUCCUUGCCAGGGCUGACCCCUUUACUGGCCGACCCCUGGGAUGCAGGACCUUCCUUUACCGGGCCCCAGGCCCUGGCCUCCCAUACCCAGCCCGGUCCUUCUCAUCCUCAAGCUCCUUCUAUCAUUCCCCAGUUCACUUUCCUGUGUAUCCUGUUUGUCCUUACCUGCUGGCUCCGUGCCUGACCCUCCCCUCAAGCUACCUCCCCAUAUCUCUUCUCCCUUUCAGAGAGAGAGAGAGACAGAGACAGAGACAGAGAGACAGAGAGAGACAGACAGGGGGA